AUGAGUGGAAUCGUCACCACCUGUCUGUCGUGCCUGUCGGCGGUCGACCGAUGGUGUCAUAUCACGGCCUGCCUGGGUGGAGGUCGUUCCCGAGAUGGCAUCUACGAAACCACCCUUGCCGACAAUGAACGAGAAGCUGUGUCGGAUCUGUUGGGUUAUCUCGAGAACCGCGCCGAAACCGAUUUCUUCGCCGGAGAACCCCUACAAGCCCUGAGUACCCUUGUAUAUUCCGAUAAUGUCGAUCUCCAGCGAAGCGCUAGCUUGACCUUUGCCGAGAUCACCGAACGAGAUGUGCGCGAAGUCGAUCGGGACACCCUCGAACCCAUCCUGUUCCUGCUCCAGAGCUCGGAUAUAGAAGUCCAGCGAGCUGCCAGUGCCGCGCUGGGCAAUCUCGCGGUCAAUGCUGAGAACAAAGUCUUGAUCGUCGCUCUCGGAGGGCUGGCCCCUCUGAUCCGCCAAAUGAUGUCGCCCAAUGUUGAAGUGCAGUGUAACGCCGUCGGUUGUAUCACUAACCUGGCAACCCACGAGGAGAACAAGGCCAAGAUCGCUCGGUCGGGAGCGUUGGGUCCUCUGAUCCGCCUGGCCAAGUCGAAGGAUAUGCGUGUACAGCGCAAUGCGACCGGCGCAUUGCUUAACAUGACUCAUUCUGAUGAUAAUCGCCAACAGCUUGUCAACGCCGGCGCCAUCCCCGUCUUGGUUCAUCUCCUUUCAUCCCCCGAUGUCGACGUCCAAUACUACUGUACAACGGCCCUCAGCAACAUCGCUGUGGACUCGACCAACCGUAAACGUCUGGCCCAGACCGAGUCGCGCCUGGUACAGUCCCUGGUUCAUCUUAUGGACUCCUCCACUCCCAAAGUCCAGUGUCAAGCAGCACUCGCUCUCCGCAAUCUUGCCUCCGACGAGAAGUACCAGUUGGAGAUUGUUCGGGCAAAAGGUCUUUCUCCACUACUACGACUUCUGCAAUCAUCUUACCUCCCUCUCAUUCUUUCCGCCGUGGCGUGUAUCCGCAACAUCUCCAUCCAUCCACUGAACGAGUCUCCGAUCAUCGAAGCUGGCUUCCUGAAGCCUCUGGUGGACCUUCUGGGCUCAACCGACAACGAAGAAAUCCAAUGCCAUGCCAUCUCCACCCUCCGCAACCUUGCCGCUAGCUCGGAUCGCAACAAGGAGCUGGUUCUGCAGGCUGGAGCGGUUCAGAAAUGCAAGGACCUCGUUCUUCGCGUCCCGCUGACGGUUCAAUCCGAAAUGACCGCCGCGAUCGCUGUGCUGGCCCUCAGCGAUGAGCUCAAGCCUCAUCUUCUCAACCUCGGCGUGUUUGACGUUUUGAUUCCUCUGACAAACUCGGAGAGUAUCGAAGUGCAAGGGAACAGUGCGGCUGCCCUUGGCAAUCUUUCCUCCAAGGUUGGCGACUACUCAAUCUUCGUCCGUGACUGGGCCGAUCCGAAUGGAGGAAUCCACGGCUACCUUCAACGAUUCCUCGCCAGCGGAGAUCCUACAUUCCAGCACAUUGCGAUUUGGACCCUUCUCCAGCUCCUUGAGUCUGAAGAUCAGAAACUCAUUGGGUACAUCUCCAAAUCAGAGGACGUGGUGCAGGUGGUCAAGGCCAUUUCCGACAAGAACAUCGAGUCCGACGAGGAAGAUGCAGAUGACGGCGAAGGGGAGGUAAUUGCCCUUGCUCGGCGCUGCUUAGAGCUGCUCGGGACUGGUCCUAAGCAGACUUUGGUUGAGGCCUAA